GUUGGCGAUAUUACUGUCACAAAUCAUCAUAGCCGCAUGGGCUUCCUAAUGCUGGAGGCCCAACUGAAGAACAACUGGGAAAUACGAGCUAGCUCGCUAGCUGCCCCUGUGGCACAAUGGAGAGUAAAAUGCAUCACAUGGAGGGAAAUUACUCUCUAAAGCAAAACGUACAACUCCUGCAGUUCCAAACGGAGAAGUUCAGACAACUGUGGACUAAGGGAAGUCAGUGUUUUGAAGAGCUGAAGCAUUACUACAUCCAGCUCAAUGAAGAGUGGCAAACCCAGUGGCUUCACAGGGAAGAAACGAUAGAAUCCUACUUGAAGCACCUGGAGGUGGACUACAUCAAACUGUUGGAGGAAUACGCCAAGCUGUACAACACGCGGGAGGCCAACGAGAGGAUUUUACUGAAAACCAACACCGAACUGCACAAAUGUAACCUGGAGCUCAAGCAAUACCACGUUCAACUCAACGAAGUGUGGCACGCCCGCUGGAUCAAGCGAGAGAAAAACAUCGCCUCCCAGGUGAGAUUCCUGGAGGCGGACAACAGAACGCUGGUGAUGGAAAACGCAGAGUUGUCUCACACCGUGAAGGCGAAAGAGAAGACGUUUCUCAAGACCACGGCCGAGCUCUACAAAGCCAGUUCGGAGCUGGAAGAUUUGAAAGCUGCCAAAGACUACCUGUCGCUGGAAGCGGACGAAAAGGAGGCGAAAUGGGGACGGGAGAAAGACAAGCUGCUCAAAGAAAGGCAGGACUUGCUGGAGGACGUGAGGCAGUGCGAGAAACUGAUCCAGCGUGUGGAGAAUGCCGUCAAAACGAUGGAGGACAAGAAGGUGCUGAAAAAGAAGGAAAAAAGAGGCAAAACAGAGAAAAAAUGUGUGGAGCAGGAGGCGCAGGAGAGGGAAAGAGGAGGCAGAGACAAGAAAGAAGAGAGUGAAAACAACCGUAAAGGCGAGGAGCCGAAAGAAGUCAUCAAUGAGGAGAAAGAGGACGACGGUGUUGAGGAGCUUGUGAGGGACGCCAAUGAGAAAGAGGACGACGGUGUUGAGGAGCUUGUGAGGGAUGCCGAGGAGGAAGAGGAAGGAGUCAAGGAGGUAGUAAGGGACACGGAGGAGAAAAAGGAAGAAGGUGUGGAGGAGGUAGUGAGGGACAUGGAGGAGAAACAGGAAGAAGGUUUGAAGGUGGUGGUGAGGGACACAGAGGAGAAAAGGGAAGAUGUAGAGGAGGUUGUGAGGGACACAGAGGAGAAAAAUGAAGGUAUGGAGAUUGUGAGGGACACAGAGGAGAAAAGGGAAGAUGUUGAGGUUGUGAGGGACACAGAGGAGAACAAGGAAGGUGUGGAGGUGGUAGUGAGGGACACGGAGGAGAAAAAAGGUGUGGAGGUGGUGGUGAGGGACACAGAGGAGGAAAAGGAAGGGGGUGUCAAAGAUGUAGUGAGGGAGACGAAGGAAAACAAGGAAGGAAGUGUCACAGAGGUAGUGAGGGACACGGAGGAGAAACAUGAAGGGGUGGAAGUGGUGAUGAGGUACACCGAGGAGGAAAAGGGAGGUGCCGAGGAGGUCGUGAGGGACACGGAGGAGAAAAUGGAAGACGAUGUGGAGAUGGUGGUGAGGGACUUCGAGGAGAGAAAGGAAAAAGUGGUGGUGGUUAAGGACAUGGAGGAGAAAAAGGAAGGUUUGGAGGCGGUGGUGAAGGACAUGGAGGAGGAAAAGAAAGAAGGUGCCAAGGUGGUGGUGUACGUGAGUGAAGAAGAAAGUGCAGAGGAGGAAGAAAAUGAUGAUGAGGAGUACUGCCACAACAUCGGCCAGUGGAAAUACUUUGACGAUGAUGAGUGGAAAGACUCUGACGAUGAGUGGGAAGAUUAUGAUAGGGAGGAGCAGGAGGAAGAGGAAGAAGAAGAUGACGACAAAAAGGGAGCAGACAAACGAGAAGAGGGUAACCAAGCGGAAGAAGAGGUAGAAGGUGAAGGUAACCAAGAGAAAGACCGGGGAGAGGAGGAAGAAGGUGACCAAGAUGAAGAGGAUGGGGAAGGAGAAGAGGAUUAUGAUGAAGGAGGCGAAGAGAAUGACCUAGAGGAAGAGGAAGAGGAAGAAAGUGACAAAGAAUAUGAUUCUCAAGAAGAAAAGGAAAGUGACAAAGAAGAAAGCCCAGAGGAGGAGGAAGGCGGCUUCCAAGACAUGGGUGGAAAGGAUAGCCAAGAGGAAGAAGAAGAGGAUGAGGAAGAGGAAGAGGAAGAUGAGGUAGGAAGUGACCAAGAAGAAGAGGUAAACCAAGAAGAAGGCGAGAAUAACGAAUGGGAAGAAGAAGACGAAGGUGAUCAAAUAGAAGACCAAGAAGAAGAAGAAGAAGAUGAGCACGAAGAAGGGGAAGAUUAUGAGCUGGAGGACGAACCUGACCAAGAGUUUGAGGAGUGGUGGAAAGGCAUCAUAAACAAAAAGAAAGAUGAUAAACAUGACCAAGAAUUUGAAGACUGGUGGAAGGGCAUCGUGUGCAAAACCACAGAGGACGCAAGCGACCAGGAGAAGGACGAUGAUGAGCAAGAGGACAGCCAAGGGGAAGAGGACAACGAUGACCAAGAGAACAACGAUGACCAAGAGAACAACGAUGACCAAGAGGACAAAGACCAAGAUGGUGACCAAGAGGGAAAAGAUUAUGAGCAAGAGGAAGAUGGUGAUCAAGAGGGAAAAUAUUAUGAGCAAGAGGAAGAUGGUGACCAAGAGGGAAAGAAAGAAGAAGACCAAGAGGAAGAGAAAGAGAGUGACUCAGAGCAAGAGAAAGAGGGUGACCAAGAAGAACAGAAUGAGGGUGACCAAAAAGGUCGAGAAAAAAAGAAAGAACCUGACCAAGAGGAGGUGGAUCACAAAAAGAAAGGGGAAGGUGCCCCCAAAAAAGAGGAAGAAGGUGACCGAGAAAAAAGGGGAGAAGAUGAUCAAGAGGAACAAAAAUGUACAGAGGGCGACCAAAGGGCGGAAUAUUACAAGCAAGAGGAAGGAGAAGAGGAAGAGAGUGACCAAGAGGAAAUGACAAAGCCGGAUCGAAGGAAAGUCAAAAGGAUCAAGACAACAGUGAUGCCAAAUGUGGGAAAGAGAGAAGCACGGAGGAAAGGAAAGAACAGAUUACAGAGGAGGAGGUAAUAGAAAAAAGUGACAAGGAAGGAGGAGGACGAAGAGCGUGUCAAGGUGGACAAGCGUGUCACAAAUGUGGGGAUGGAGAGCGGCGGAAGGGGAGAAAGACCCAACUUGCCUCGGUAGAAGAGGGGGAGAGUGACAGAAAGAUGGAGGAAGAGAGAAAUAAAGGUAGAUGACCGGUGUGUCAAUGAAGAAAAAGAGUGAGGCGGAAGAAGGGAGUAAGAAGGGCGAUGAAGACUAGACGGGGAGGGUAUUAUAGAAGACAAAGAGUGACAAGGUGGAAAAAUGCCAAGAAAAAGUAGAGAAUUACAUUAAGGAAAGAGUAAAAAGGAAGAAGGAAAGAAUGUCAAAGAGGAGGUGGAAGAAAUUGACAAAAUGGAGGUUGGUGCAAAAGAAAAUACAGAUGGAGAUGAGAGGGAAGAGUUGGUAAAAGUGUGAGGCAUCACUAAUAACCACUGAUUGUUUUUAUUUACAACUACAAACACAAAUAAUUUUCAGCCUAUAGUUUCUCACACUCCUCUUUCCUCUACUCUGCAAAAGUUGUGGUUUUCUUUCGUCUGGGAUCUGUAAUCACUUUUCAAUCUGCCCGUAGGAGAAAGAGAAAUCUAAUUUGACAAUGAGGUAAUGAACCCGUGAAACCAUUAUCUUAGAUAACCCGUUUCAAAGACUGGUUGAAGCGCUGAUGGAAAUUCUAUUAAACAUAGCUGGCUGAUUUCUCUAUUUGGUGGCAGAAAGAGACGCUUUCAAGCCUUGGCGAUUUACUUUCAAGUCAUCGAGUUGCCAGCGAUCAUUAUUGCGGGCGUCGUCAACACUCCAGCAUUACCUAAUGAUUGAAGGGCAACAGUCCAAGACUUUCUGCUAAUGACCCAGGAUAGACUAAAAAAUACAGCUAUGGCCACUUGAUCUUGAUACUAAAAUCUAUCAGACUUGCAUCACUAAGGUAUGAGUUAAUGCUUUGCAAUGGACUUGAGAAAGUCAAGGUGUCCCUCAACUCGCUGCGCAUAUUUUGUGGCCCUCUACAAAACUUCAUAGUUUAGUGUUAUUACUGGGGGGCUAAUACUUAAAUAUAUGAUGGCCAUCUUGAAUCCUACUAGACACUACCUACAAUUAUGAUACAACACAAAAAUGACAGCACGACAAACACUUUGGGCAACACAAAGAGCAACUUCCGUUGAGCAAGCCAAGGUUUCUCUGACCAUCUCCUAGUUUCAAAAUAUAACAUUUAGAUGUAUGACUUAAGGCCUAAUAUAGCUCAGAGAUUCUGAAGUGAAUACUUUUUGCGGCGCAGCCUUGAUACUUCCAGCGAUAAAUUGAGUUUGAGACCCCUGACCUAUUCUGUAAAGACUGGGAAUUUAGUGUCCUUUGAAUGUCCAAGCAGCGGCACACCACAGGGCUCUUUAUUUAUCCCCAACAUUGACUUCCGUUCAACCAAUAACGUCCUCAGGUUUGCAAGGCAUCCCAUGAUGUCCCUUUUGAUGCCAGUUUCAGGACUAUCUCGGACUCCCAAUAGAUCCACAGCAGGGAGGAUGAGUUUGUACUUUUCAUAUAGGGUACCCUCAGUCACUGCGUACUAUGGCACUUUUAUCAAACUGUCCUUUCAAUGUCCAAGCAGCGGCACACAGCGCUUUUUAUUCAGCCACAACAUUGACUUCCGUUCAACCAAUAACGUCCUCAGGUUUGCAAUUGAUCCCAUGAUGUCACUUUUGAUGCCAGUUUCAGGACUAUCUCAUGGACUCCCAAUAGAUCCACUGCAGGGAGGAUGACAGCACUUUCCAUAUAGGGUACCCUCAGUCACUGCGUACUAUGGCACUUUUGUCAAACUGUCCUUUCAAUGUCCAAGCAGCGGCACACCACAGGGCUCUUUAUUUAGCCCCAACCUUUACUUCCGUUCAACCAAUAACGUCCUCAGGUUUGCAAGUGAUCCCAUGAUGUCCCUUUUGAUGCCAGUUUCAGGUCUAUCUCAUGGACUCCCAAUAGAUCCACUGCAGGGAGGAUGACAUAGCACUUUCCAUAUAGGGUACCCUCAGUCACUGCGUACUUUGGCACUUUUCUCAAACUGUCCUCUCAUGGACUCCCAAUAGAUCCACUGCAGGGAGGAUGACAUAGCACUUUCCAUAUAGGGUACCCUCAGUCACUGCGUACUAUGGCACUUUUCUCAAACUGUCCUUUCAACGUCCAAGCAGCGGCACACCACAGGGCACUUUAUUUAGGCCCAACCUUU